AUGUCCGCGUCCCCAACUCACAUGGCUUUGACUGGUGGCCAAGACCCUGGAGCUUUAGGAUUGAACGUGGUAUACACGCCAGACAAUGGACAUAAAGCCGACAUCGUCUUUAUCCAUGGACUUGGUGGCAGUAGCCGUAUGACCUGGUCGAAGCACAAAAAGCCUGGACUCUUCUGGCCCUUGACCUUCCUGCCACUCGAGCCGGAUAUCUGCCUAGCGAGAAUUCUGAGUUUCGGCUACGAUGCCGAUUUCACGAAUGGCAGUAACGCUACUAACGUGAUAUUGGACUUCGCCAAAACCCUAUUGUACAAUCUCAAAUAUUACACAGAUGCCUAUAUGCAAGGUCAAAACGAUCCAGAGUACGAGAACAUUGUCAAAGCCAUUUCAGCAAUCAUCUUCCUCUCCACCCCACAUCGGGGCACCAAUUUGGCCAAUGUGCUCAACCGAAUAUUACAGUCGACUCCUGUAACGAAUUCCAAGCCUUUCAUUUCUGAGCUGACGCGGAAUUCGUCUACGUUGCAGAAGCUGAAUGAGCAGUUUCGUCACAUUGCACCAAAGCUAAAGAUCGUUUCCUUCUACGAGACACAACCGACUUCGAUCGGGCCAAAGAGUGCACGAGCGCGAGUGAUGGUGCUAGAAAGGGAUUCGUCGCUGCUCGGAUAUCCUGGAGAGACAUCCAACCCUCUGAACGCAGACCACCACGGUGUCUGCAAGUAUGAGAGCCCUCACGACCCAAACUAUAUCACAGUGAGGAACGUUCUCAAAUCACUCGUGAGCAAGUCAAUAUCGAAGAGUCAAUCUGGAAGCCAGAGUGUACCAAGAAGGAGACGAUCAAGAGAUCUCAAAGCCAUAUUAGCUAUCGCCGAGUUCCCUAACACUGACUACAUCUUCUUCCGGGACCAAUGGGUGCAGGGUACCAACCAAUGGAUUCAAGAAGAACGGCGCUUCGUGGAUUGGCUCAAUCCUCACACAUCCUCUCAUCAGAUACUGUGGCUCAAAGGAGCCGCGGCACGAGGAAAGUCGGUCCUAAGUUCGUUUAUCAUCAACUGCCUGAUCGAGCGCGAUUUCUGCUGUCAAUACUUUUUCGUGCGGUUCGCAGACAGAAGAAAGCGCACUCUGAGCUUUCUCCUACGUUCCAUCGCUUAUCAGAUUGCGCAACAAUUACCUGAAUUUCUUCAAAAGGUAGCGGAGGUUGAAAGCGAAGCUGUCGACUUUGAGGCUGCCAACCCGAGGACGAUCUGGGAUCGGAUAUUCAGAUCCAUAUUGUUCAAGCUCAGUCCUAGCAAAACACUUUACUGGGUCAUCGAUGGCCUCGACGAAGCCGAUAAUCCCAAAGCCCUGAUAAGCCUGCUCUCCGACCUUGCUGGUUCUGCGACACCUAUCCGAGUCCUUUUAGUCAGUCGCGACACUACAGAGAUAGCUGCUGGUCUGGAGCAUACACCAGACACAAUCUUCCAAGAGACGAUCAUCAUCGAGGGCCAUGUGGAUGAUUUACGUUGCUACGUUGACCGGGAACUCAUCUUGCCUGGUAGCAAGAGCUUCAGGGAUGAUAUUAUUCAGCGUAUCUUGCAUGAAGCGCAGGACAACUUUCUCUGGGUACGACUCGCUGUAGAAAAGAUCAACUCGUGUCAUACGCACUCCGCCGUCGAGCAAGCUUUUCACGAGUUUCCCCGUGGAAUGGAAGCAAUCUACGACCGGAUGGCUGCUACCAUCGCCGAGCACCAAUCAUCUGCCGACACCGCUCUAGCGUCAGUCGUUCUUCAGUGUGUCACAUGUGCAUUCCGCGCUCUCACAAUAGAGGAGCUCUUGCAGGCACUAGAAGGUGACACACAUGAGUUUCUAGACAUUCAAGAGUCCAUCAAGAAUGUCUGUAGCGGCUUUGUGGUCAUUGAUAAUGAUGGCAACGUUGCAAUGAUUCAUGAGACGGCUCGAGAGUAUCUGCUUGGCGCUAUCCGCCGACCUUUCCAAAUCCUAGCAAGUGAACUUCGGCUUCGCAUACUCAUUCAGGCGUCGAAAAAUCUGCUCGGCUAUGUCAACAAGAGGAAAUCUCAGCUUCCAACAGAUAUCGGAAGGAGAGACGUUGUGGAACUGGAGCAAGCCGAAACCUGGGCAGUAGACUUUGUCAAAAUCAUUGGCAAGUUCGGCGCCAUCCUGCGACGCAACCCUACUACAAUUCACGAGACUAUUGCUCCAUUCUGUCCGCACAACUCAGCUAUCUAUCAGCAGUUUGGUAGAACAAAGCAAAGAAAUCUGAUGGUUUCCGGUAUUUCGACACAGACAUGGGAUGACUCUCUUGCAAGAUUAUCAUUCGGGUUCGGUACCUAUGCCUCCUUUAUAUCGACUGCGGGAAAUCAUGUCGCAGUACUCGCUGCCUCGGGAAAAGCGUCGGGAAAAGUGUCUUUGUUCGACAUAUCCCUCUUUGAGGAGACAGCGACGAGUCCCAUCAGACACGGUGAACGUACAUACAUGAUGGAACUGAACUCUUCUGGGACAUUACUCGUCACAUACGGCUACAGGACUACAAAGAUCUGGGAAAUCUCUACUGGAGAAUGUGUAGCGACAGUACCGAACCCUGCAACACGAACGCGGCCACUUGUCAUCGCCUUUGUGAACAAUAACAAAACGUUGUUAGUUGGGUCGGACGAUAAGCAGUUACGUUCGCUUGAGAUCAACGAGCUAUCGCCGACUUGGCAUGUUGUCGCGAAUUUUGAGGAAGAGGAACUCGAAGGUCACUUCUUGAACGCCGCAAGCUACAUGGCACUUAGCGAUGACGGCAAUUUGAUGGCAGUUGCAUACCGUGGUCAUCCACUAUCCGCGUGGGAAGUAGAAGGCCCUUAUCAUAUCGGCCAUUGCUGGCGUGCCCGGAAAGAAGUUGCAAGAGGCGAAGUCGCUGCAGCAGAGUGGCUCCCGCAUUCUCCGCAAGUCCUGGGACUAUACAAUGACGGGGUAGUCUUUAGGUGGGAUCCAUAUGGAGGCGAGCCCGAAGAAAUCUUCACAGGCGCUUCAGUACUCACCGUUAGCGGAGACGGAAACCUAUUCGCAACGGGUGAUGUACGGGGUGCGAUCAAGAUAUACACCACGAACACCUUUCACCUCAUUUACCAACUUGCAUCUCAAGACGCCAUCCUCGGCUUGGCGUUCAGCGCUGAUCACAGACGCAUCUACGACGUGCGAGGCUACUACGGAAACACCUGGGAGCCUGCAGCACUAGUGCGAUAUGCGGAGAGUGCAAUAAAAGGAACGGAUACCGAAGGCGAGUCUGAAAGCUCUUCGCAAGAGUCGAUAACGCCUGUUCAUACAUCCCGGAGGAUAGAUGCGAUCACCGUACUCGCAGCUUCGCCAAACGGUCAGUACUACUGCUACGGUACUGAAAGCGGACGCGUAAUACUACUCAACACCACGCGAGACGAAACGACAGAAUUGCAUACCUCCAGAGGCUUUUUGAGCAUCGAGCAGGUGGCCUGGAGUCACGAUGGUCGUUACAUAUGUUUUGCCGACUCGGGCAAGAAGGUUUUCGUUAUGGUUGUGAGAAUGAAUGCGUCAGGCAGUGACGAUGUUGCGCAACAUCAUUUCGAAGUUUCACUCAAGACUCUUACGGAUGGUUCUAUACAGCAGCUGCUGUUUCAGCCAGACUCGAGCCAUCUGUGCAUAGCUACAUCAGCCACGCUCUGCACGGUUUCACUCGAGUCAGCCUCGGUAGUGCGCUCAAUACCUGCGCCCGAACAUGACUGCAAGUGGAUCACACAUCCUCAAAAUCCAGCGCUCAUUCUUGGCUUCGGUCAAAACUCGGUCGUGAUAUUAUCAUGGGACUUGAACGAUCUUGGCACGUAUCGUAUCGAGAGAUCAAUUGAGCCAGAUACCUCAGCCCUAUCAGACCAAGAAGCUGCGGCAAGGACCGUGGAGCGCAUACUGGUCACGUCGGACAAUCGACACAUCCUCGUUCAAAUGUCGCGAAGCACCAAGUCCAAGCUGAAAGAGUUUCUCUACUUCGCGACCUCAUCAUUAUCAACAAGUGCGAGCAUCGAGACUCAACCCGGCGACCAUCGACAGAUAGUCGUUCCCAUGCCCCUCCCAGAAGGACUGGCUUCUCAAAUCGGCUUAGCACUGUCCUUCCUCAAACGCGAUCGAUUACUCUUUUUGUCACGGACUUUCUCUAUCUGUUCCUGGGAAAUUCCGUCGGACGCUAAACUCGCGCAACCAUCACAGGUCACGAAGCAACAAAACCAUGAGAAGAAAGAAUUCUCCGAGAUAUUCGCAUUGCCAGCAGACUGGGUUAGUAAAGACUGUCUCGAGCUAUGUAUGAUUUGGCUUCAAGAAAGAUCUCUUUUGUGCCCGCGAAAUGGAGAGGUCGCAGUGGUGAGGUGCUCGAGCUUCCUUUGA